UGAACUUAAAUUAUAUAUUUAUAAAUGUUAUUGUAUUAAGGUGAGAAAAGUAAAGCCUAAGUCUACAACAAUGAAAUCUACAAAGUAUAAAAUACAAUGUACUAUAUAUCCUUUACAAAUCCUGAUUUAACAAAAAAAGAAAAGAGAAAAAAAAUAAAAUGACUAUUCAUUAGUUAGUUGGACCAGCGUACAAGUGGUUGAGUUAGUCCUUUGACAUACCAUAUGGAUUGACGUCCAAGCCACAAAGUGUUUCACUUAACAUUUGGACAUCAACCUAGCUUAGUAGUUAUAUACUUUUUUAUAUAUUUUUUUACAGGAACCUCUAGUUAUACAUUUACUUACGACUUGAAUUGGGGGUAUCCCAAGAAGCAAAACUUAAACAUCCUUCUUAAAUUUCCAUGCUCAUAAAGCUUCAAUUCUGUUGCACUGCAAAACACAAAACAAGCUAAAUAAAAAAAAAUAAAUAAUAAUAAAAAAAAAAAAAAAAAAGGAGAGAAAGUCCUCUCUAACUUCGGAGGAAUUGAAUUGAAGUACGACUUUCCUCAUUGUUUAGGGUUGUUUUAUUUACAAAUUUAAGAUGGUUGAGUUUUGGAAAUUCAUCAAUGACAUAAAAUCAAUAAUUAUGAUGGUGACUGUUCAAGUUUCAUUUGCUGUUGUCAACAUUUUAUACAAGCUUGCUGCAGUUGAUGGCAUGAACCUCAGGGUCUUAGUGGCGUAUCGCCUUCUUUUCGCGGCUGCCUUCAUCGUCCCAGUCGCUUACUUUAUUGAAAGAAACCUCACCUCAAAACCAAAGUUAACAUGGACGGUUCUCGGCCAAGCUUUUCUGUGUGGACUUUUUGGGGGAACAUUGGUUUAUAAUCUAUUUUUGGAGAGCCUUGUAUUAACCUCUGCCACCUUUGCUGCUGCUAUGUUAAAUCUUAUUCCUGCUGUUACCUUCAUUCUUGCUGUUUUUUUCAGGUUGGAGAAGGUAACACUAAAAACAGUACCAGGAAGAGCAAAGGUUAUGGGAACUAUACUUGGGAUUUUAGGUGCAAUGGUGCUUACAUUUUAUAAAGGUGUUGAAAUUAAGAUAGGGUCAACAAACGCUCACCUAAUGAAAGAGGCAGCUCGUCGACCAGUGGUGCAUGACGCGCGAGAACGUCUAAUUGGGUCCGUACUUGCUCUAGGUGGUUGUUGUUCCUAUGCUUCUUGGUUGAUUGUACAGGCGAAGAUGAGUAUCAACUAUCCGAGUCCUUAUUCAUGCACAGCUUUGAUGAGUAUAAUGGGAUCAAUCCAAUCUGUCGUGUUCGCGUUUUGUAUGGAUCGAGACUUGAAGUUAUGGAAGUUGGGUUGGAACAUUCGACUUCUCACAGUUUCAUACUCCGGAAUUGUUGCUUCAGGUGUGAUGGUGACAUUAACCGCUUGGUGUAUUCGUCUUAAAGGGCCAUUGUUCGUGUCCAUAUUCAACCCUUUAACAGUCGUUCUAGUUGCAUUUGCAGGAUUUCUCUUACUAGAUGAGAAGUUGUACUUAGGAAGUGUACUAGGAGCAAUAUUAAUCGUGAUCGGAUUAUACGGGGUAGUAUGGGGUAAAGGGAAGGAGAUAAAGAAGAUGAUAAAACUGGCGCCUUCAAUGAAUUGCGAAGAUACAAAUGAAGAUAUCGAAAUAAUUACAUCUUCAGUACUUGAUAAGGAGAACAAGGCUAGUAAGGAUAUUGUUAUGAACAAUGCUUCCACAAGGCCAAAUUGUGCAACAAAGGAAGAUGAUAAUCACUCAUUUCGAAACGACAAUAUUGGCGUUGAUGCUGAACGUGAAUCCUAAAAUGUUGUAUGAUUAUCAUGAAAAUCGGUAUGUUUAUUAUCUAAUACUCCAUGCUACAAGUUGUAAUGUAGGUUUAGUUGUCAAAAUUAAGGGUAUCGUAGUUAAUUAUUUAACAGUUUAGAAUAUUGUAUUGCAAUUUUAGUUUUUGAUGCAAGAGGCAACUCCAUUCUCUCUUCCUUAUGAUGUUAAAUUGA